CCAGGGGGUCCGUUGAAGAAGUCUGUGUUAAAAAGUGUCUUUGGAUGUCCCAAUCGUCCCCUAUUCAAGUUUGGGAUGGCAUGGCUUCAACAGUCGGCACCUGGACCAGCUAUCCAGGCGGGCUCUUUCUUCAUCGUCGUAAUAGUCAGUUCAGGUUGCCGUCGCCUCAAGACGCCUGAAUUGCUGAUGGCUCUCGAUGAGCAGGUGACUCGCAUCAGGCGGAGCUCGUAG